CUUAACAAUUUAUACUACAGUGAUGAGUGCUGCCAACCCAGACAAGUACAUGACCAGGAUCAGAAACCUGAGUUGAAAGUAAACAUGCAGAAGAGAGAAGCCCCCUCUCCUUUUGCCUUGCUGGGACCUGCUGUCGCUUCCUGCGGGGGCUUCGCGCGGACUAUGGGAAGCGGCACCUCCACCCAGCAUCAUCUCGCCUUUCAGAAUGCAGAGAAAGCCUUCCGGGCGGCGGCCCUGAUCCAGAGGUGGUACCGGCGCCACGCGGCCCGCCUGGAGAUGAGGCGCCGCUGCACCUGGAGCAUCUUCCAGUCCAUCGAGUACGCCGGGCAGCAGGACCAGGGCAAGCUCCACGACUUCUUCAGCUACCUCAUGGACCACUUCACCCCCAGCAGCCACAACGAGAGGGACUUCCUGAACCGCAUGUUCACUGGAGAGGGGCUCCCCCAGGACUCUGAGACAGAGAGAUGCAGCGACUACGAGUCCGUAGAGGUGCCAGACAGUUACGUGGGGCCACGGCUCUCCUUCCCGCUCCUCCCCGCCCACGCCACGGCCCUGGUGGAGGCUUUCAGGCUGAGACAACAGCUCCACGCUCGCUACGUCCUGCACCUCCUGCACGAAGCCAAGAAGCACCUGGUGCAGCUGCCCAACAUCACCCGCGUCUCCACCUGCUACAGCGAGGAGGUCACGGUGUGCGGAGAUCUACACGGCCAGUUGGAUGACUUAAUAUUUAUAUUUUAUAAGAAUGGCCUCCCGUCACCAGAGCGGGUUUACGUGUUCAACGGCGACUUUGUGGACCGAGGCAAGGAUUCAGUGGAGAUCCUGAUGGUUCUUUUUGCCUUCAUGUUGGUUUACCCGAAAGAGUUCCAUCUUAACAGAGGAAACCACGAGGACCAUAUGGUGAACUUACGAUAUGGCUUCACCAAGGAAGUGAUGAAUAAAUAUAAGAUACAUGGCAAGAAAAUACUAAGAACCCUGCAAGAUGUUUUCCGUUGGCUUCCCCUGGCCACUCUAGUUGAUGAGAAAGUUCUAAUUCUUCAUGGUGGGGUGUCAGACACGACUGAUCUGGAACUUUUGGACAAACUAGACAGACACAAGGUCGUGGACAUCCUGUGGAGCGACCCCAUGGCGCAGGAGGGCUGCAGGGCCAACACGGGCCGGGGAGGAGGCUGCUAUUUCGGGCCUGACGUGACGGAGCGCUUGCUGCAGAAGCACAACCUGCAGUUCCUGAUCCGCUCGCACGAGUGCAAGCCUGAGGGCUACGAAUUCUGCCACAGCCGCAAGGUAUUAACCAUCUUUUCUGCCUCCAACUACUAUGAAGUCGGCAGCAACAGAGGGGCCUAUGUCAAACUGGGGCCAGCCUUGACCCCCCAUAUUGUGCAGUACCAAGCUAACAAGGCGACCUGCACGCUGACCAUGAGGCAAAGGAUUAGCAGAGUGGAGGAGUCGGCUCUGAGAGCCCUGCGGGAAAAGCUGUUCGCCCAUUCCUCGGACCUGCUUGGUGAAUUUAAGAAGUACGAUGCAGGUCAAACUGGCCGCGUGGCGCCGAGCGACUGGGCGGCGGCCGUGGAGGCCGCGCUGCGCCUGCGCCUGCCCUGGCGGCUGCUGCGGCCGCAGCUGGCGGGCGGCGCGGAGGCCGACGGGGACGGCGCGCUGCACUACCGCGCCUGGCUGGCCGGCCUGGCCCAGGCGCCGCCGAGCCGCGAGAACAUACAGUCAAGUUUGCUGGAAAAACUAUAUCGAAACCGAUCCGACCUGGAGACCAUUUUUAGGAUCAUAGACAGCGAUCACUCAGCGGAAAUCAAAACACUCGACAGGCCCACACGUGCCAGUGAUUCCAGCAAUGGAGGAUGACUCUGUUUUGAGUCCGGAUCCAUCUGAGCCCAGUUUCCUCGAUGCACAGGAAGAGUCGUGAUCAAUGCCGCUGUCCGUCUUCCUCCAGGCCUCGUCUGACACCUCAGCUGGCGAUCAAAGACACUCCGCUGCUCCUUGUAACACAUUGUACCCUUUUCCAUAUCCUGAACAGAGUGCAAUGCUUCAAUAAAAAGUUUAUAUCACUAA